AUGGACACAGAUCCCGAGAAACGACGUGGACGUGUGAGUGGGGGAGAAAUAGUAUUAUCAGCGUGUGGAAUUUGAGGCUGACUCCCAGCACUGGUGGAGCCUCCGCCAUGGUGCCCACUUCCAGUGAAGAUGCCUCUCAUUGACCUGAAGUAUUUUCCAUCACAGCAGCUUUUGGACCAUUCUGCUGAAAGCUCCUACGGGGAAGACCCUCGUCCCGAAUCUUCCAGACGCCAAACCGGGAAGAACCUGCAGCUGGUUAUCUGCGUCCUGCUCGUGGAAUUAUGUGAGAGGUUCACUUUUUUUGGGACCGUCUGCAAUAUGAUCCUGUUUUGCACCAUCAAGCUUGGCUAUGGGAACCACGAGGCGGCCAUUGUGAAUCUGGUCUUUGUUGGGACGUCCACGUUGACGCCUGUGCUGGUCAGCUGGUUCGUCGAAUCAUGCGCCGGACGCACAAAGGUGAUUUACGCCUGCGCGCUCCUGCACUUUGUGGGAACGGCGCUGCUGCCGGUGGUCGCCUUCCCGUUUGAAGAUUUUUACAUCGAUACGCGGAAUAUCGCGCAUGGUUUGGGUCACAGGGAGCAGACGGCGCUCUUCUACGCGGGGUUGCUCAUGGCCUCUGUAGGAAGUGGAGGGAUCCGGGCGAUCGUCUGCCCUCUCGGUGCUUAUAACCUCCAGGGGUACAAGCGAACGGAGCUAAUGUCAUUCUUUAACUGGUUCUAUUGGCUGGUGAACCUUAACUCUUUGGUAGUGUUUUCCGGGAUUGCGUAUAUUCAGCAGUCAGUGGCGAAAAACCUGGGCUUUCUGAUUCCUUUCAUGUCCGUCGUUAUGUCUUUGAUAACAAUUCACAUGAUCCGCGGGGAGCUCCUGAGACGGCCCAAGAAAGGUGCCGCUCUACCAAUAGCGUUUGGCGUGUUCACGAACGCAUUACGCAUGUGUUGUGUUACGUACCGUCACGUCGGGGGAUGUGUGACCACGUGGCUCGAUCGGGCCAAAGAGAAUAACGGCGGCUGGUACAGCGAGUCACACGUGGAAAGCACUAAAGCUCUCGUGAGACUUUUCCCGCUUUUUACCUCCCAGAUCCUGUAUCGAACAUGCGCGACGCAGAUUUCAUCCGGAUAUUUCAUCCAAACCAUGAACUCGGAUUUGAGUUUUAACGGCUUCCUUCUGCCGAUCGCCGCCAUGAAGAUUAUCAGUAUAAUUCCUCUCCUAAUUAUCGCUCCCUGCCUCGAGUGUUUCAACUCGUAUGUAUUCUCCAAGACGGGGUAUGGAUUGUCGCCCUCCGUGUCAAUAAUCUGUGGUCACCUCGGGGCUGCGCUCUCCUUAUUGCUGGCCGGGGUCUAUGAGAUGCAGAGAAAGAACUUCCCUUUGGUUGAACAGACGCUUUCUGGAAAGGUUCUGCAGGUCUCCUCCAUGUCGGCUUUCCAGCUGGCCCCGCAAUACGCACUUCUGGGAUUCGCCGAAGCGAUGGUGACUCCUUCCUGCUCUGUGAUCACGUUCAGGUUCGCGCCGAGUCGUCUUCGUUCCACCUCAAUGCACUUCUUGACGCUUUUCAAUGCCGCCGGGUGUUUUACGGGAGCGUUGAUGGUCGAUGCCGUGUUUUUAGGCUCUGGGGGCGACUGGUACCCAGACCUCCUGCCCCGUGGCCACUUUGAGAGGUUCUUCUUCUUUCUGGCUUCCGUUAUGUUCCUGAACGCCCUGGGUUUCUGGAUGAUUUCUCGCAGAUACGAUGAUCUGGAUCAGGAGAUGGACCAGGGAUUCCGGGGAGAUCUUCUCGAGGAAAAAUUAUUACAGCAUGAAAAAUCGCUAAAGUUUUAUGAAAGUAUUUAUGAAUGGUCCUCGCAUUUUUCUCCUAUGGAGACAACGGUUUAA